AUGGAGCGGCACGUGGUGACAGGCAGCCAAGCUGCGGUCAAGUACUGGCUCGCAGACCACACGACAUGUUCAGAGUCCGAGGCUGGUGUGUACUGGCUGGUGCCGGCUACCACCGCCUAUCCAGCUGCCAAGGCUGAGACUGAGGCUGAGGCUGACCGAGUCAUCGUCAUGGACAACUCGGCGGCGUGCAGCGAGGCGAUGGCAGCGGUCAAAGACGGAGCGGCUGUGGUGGUGUACGAUGUGGAUCGGGUGCUAGCGUGUGCGCAUGCGGCAGGCGGAAGGCUGUUCGCGGACGUCAUCCGGGUCUGUACCGCGGCGUCGACGCUUGUCCUCGCCUUUGAGCCCGCGACGGCGAGGAGCGUGGCCGGCGACACGCUGGUGGCGACGUUGGCAGGCGGGAUCGAGGGCGUGGAGGUGAGCGACGACGAUGUGCAAAGCAGCAUGGGCAUCGGGACGGUGGUAGGCGCGCAGGUGGCCGCGUGGCGGGUCGAGACGCUGCUGAUUGCGCCCUCGGCGGCGCCGGGCGAUCCGUGGCAGCCGUGCGCACCGCCGCUGUACCAAACGGCGACGUUUGUGCAGCCGGGCGCGCGGGUCAACGGCCCGUACGACUAUACCCGGUCAGGAAAUCCGACGCGGACUGCGGUGCAGGAGGCACUGCGCCGGCUCAUUGCCCGAGCGUCCGGGCUGGACGCGUCGAGCGUCGCUGUCUUUGCGCUGAGCACGGGCAUGGCGGCGCUCUCGGCUGUGGUCAACCUUGUGCCGCCGGGCGCGACCGUGGUGGCGUGCGACGAUCUCUACGGCGGCAUGCAUCGGCUGCUGACCCAGGUCGCAAGCCCGCACGCCGGCAUCAAGACUGAGUUUGCGCGGGUGAGCGACGCCGACGCGCUGCGGGCGCGCCUCACUGAGCUCGCCGCCGACGGCCACGACGUCCGCCUCGUCCACAUCGAGUCGCCGUCGAAUCCGUUGCUACACAUUGCUGACAUUGCGGCGGUGGCCGCGGUCGUCCACGACGCCGGCGCCCUGCUCUCGGUCGACAACACCAUGAUGACCCCGCUGGGGCAGGCGCCGCUGGCACUCGGCGCCGACAUUGUUGUCCACUCGGCAACAAAGUACCUGUGCGGCCAUGCCGACGUCAUGGCCGGCGUGGUGGCAGUCAACACCGCAGCAGCACCUUGCGCGGCGGACACUCUCAAGUUUCUGGUCAACGCUCAGGGCUCAGGCCUUGCUCCCAUGGACUGCUGGCUAAUGCACCGCUCGCUCAAGACGCUGCGGGUGCGGACAGCAGCAGCUGUGGCGGCCGGCGCCAAGAUUGAGGCUUUUCUCGCCUCGGCCCCGUGGGUCACCGCUCUACACUCGGCACGCGGCUCGGCGGUUCACGCCGCGCAAGCCGCCUGGAUCCCGCCGGUCUUCUCGUUUGAGACCGGCGACGUCGAGUUCUCCGCCCGCCUCCUCAAGGCUUGCCGCGUCUUCAAGAUCUCGGUCUCAUUUGGCUCGGUCGCCUCGGUCAUCGAGCUUCCUGCCGCCUUUUCGCACGCCUCCAUUUCUCCCGACGCCCGCACGCUGCCGCAGGACCUGGUCCGCCUCUCAGUCGGCCUCGAGCACCCGGACGAUCUCAUUGCCGACCUCGCCGCCGCUGCCGCUCUAGCUGCCGCCCGGUCGCCUCUCCCGGCUCGCCCGGUGCCGUCCUGAGCCCCGAUCUAGGCUGAACCCCGCUUGAGCCUAGCAAGAGUACAUCAAGACCACAACACAUACCCCGCCAUCAAUCAAACUUCCCCUGCCCGGCUCCUUUCCCCCACGCGCGCUCGUAGCAACCUGCAUCGAGGUGAGAGAGAGAAAAAAAAAA